AUGGGAGCAAGAUAUAAACAAGAAAUUUUAUCUGAAGGAAAUAUACAUACAAUUUUUCUUGAAAUUGCUCAGUUAACUGCAAAAGACUCUGAUGCAUAUAAAGUUACGACUAAUAUUCAAUUAAAUAUUGAAGCAAUUGAUUUCAAAUUACCUGAAGGUAUUACACCAUCCUUUCUCAAUAAACCCUCAAUUAACCCUUCGUGGCUGUCGUGGGGUCCACGCGGACCCAUUUCACAUAUUUUCGUUCAAAAGUACAUCAAAGUCUUCUGUGUUUGA